AUGGCGCUCGACGCCCAAAGCAACUGGGAAGUAGAGAUGUCGCAACCUCUCAAGAUACCAAUACGUCUUCAAAAUGAGCAAGCCAGAGAUUAUAGUGCUUCUACGCCCCGGUCACUUCCCACGAUUCAAGCGGUCCGAUACAAACCCUCCGACGAGGUCCUCCUCCCCACCGAAAUACUCUCCCAGAUCCUUUCCUACAUUCCCAUGAAUGCCUCGACACAGUCUACAUUCUGGGCUUGCACGCUCGUAUCUCGCUCUUGGUACUCCGCCAGCAUAACCUCUCUCUAUUCUCAUCCCCAUCUGCAUGGCGGGAAUUUCCACACCUUCGUCCAGACGGUCUGUCCGUCCAAGAACGCCCAUAUCCGACAAUCUGCUCUUGCGCCUUUGGUCAGAAGGCUGGAUAUGGGAGAGUUAGUACACAAUGCCAGCAAAAGCCUCACAGCGCGACUACUGGGGCGACUGAAAGGCAACAUUGAACAAUUCAUUGCUCCGCAAGCCAGUUUCGGAAUUAACUCCUUCGCAGCCCUCAGCAAAUGCUCCCAGCUCCGGCACCUAGACCUAUCUCUAAUCUCAGCCUCAAUAUCCAACAAACUGCUCUUCCAAACGCUCAAAAACCUGCAACAACUAGAAACGCUCUUCUUCCCGCGAUCUUCCAGCCGUGACCUGCGCGGAGACUCAGGACGAGACGAAGUGCCGUAUGAAUGGCCGCCUAAGCUAAAAGCACUGCACUUGGCUGGCGGAAUAGACGAUCAUUUCCUGGCAACGCAUCUAGUGACUAUUGGAAAGAGUCUGGAACAUUUAAGCAUACAACACUGUUCGCAAAUCCACCUCGAUGCUCUCCUCUGCACCCUCAUCGUCCUAGGCCCCCAACUCCUGCACCUCACUAUCCGCCACCCCAUGUCCCAACUGCACAUCGGCGCCCUCAACCCCCUCCUCGAAUGCUGCCCGCACCUCAUCGCCUUGCGCAUAUCCGCCGACUACAUCACCUCCUCGCUAUUCCUGCACCCAGCGCCCAAGCUACAAAUCCUGGACCUGGAUUGCUCGCCCACUGCGUCUCCAGAUGUGGGCGUCGAGCCUGCGGCUGUGUAUGAAGCUGUUGAGGAGGGCCGCAUGCCGGAUCUGAGGAGUGUGAGGGUUAGUGCGCGGUUGGCGUGGAACGCGACGGAGGAGCUGAGGGCUGAUGUCAGGGAUUUGGAGGAGGUGCUUGGGGAUCGGGAGAUGGAGGAUCCGAAGGGGUUGAAGACGGGGGUUUGGAGUGUUGUUGGGGAUUGA